GCUACAAAGUGCUUGGACACAGCUCUAAAGCUCGCUACUACGGCCGGCUUGAGACUUUCAGUGACCGGGUCUACUACGCUUUGCGGUCGCGACGAGUUUGCCAAAUGGCCCUCGCCUUCACCUCUCGCGUCGCCUCUCGGCCCCAGCUGCACGCACGGAGCGCAGCAAGCCAUGCGGCGGCUGUUCCCGCGGUGGCUCGCCCGGCGACCCCCGCAACCGUAAGCGCCGCUGCCCCCAGCAGCAGCACCCGCAGCAGCGGCGUGGCCUGCCGGGCGGUGCGUAUGGAUGCGGAGCUGCAGGCGCUGCUGGAGGGAGCCAUGGCUCGGUCGUCAUGCACCGUGGGCGACCGCGUGGGCAUCAUCGGGCUGAAGUUUGCGGAGGAGGGCCAGAAGGAGGGCUGCCCGGUCAUGGAGUCGGCCAUCCGCCUGAGCAUCUACCUGCGUGACUACAAGGCCAGCGACGUACGCGGCCACAGCAUCCUGGAGCUCGGCACCGGCAUCGGUGUGGCGGGUCUGACUCUGGCGGCGUUCGGCGCGCACGUCCUGCUGACCGACCUGCCCGAGAUGGUGCCGGUGUCCCAGCGGAAUGUGAAGAAGAACGUCGACCUGGUGCGCGGCGCCGGCGGCUCCGCGCAGGUUGCGGCUCUGGACUGGAGCUCGCCGCCCCAGGAGCUGGUGGAGGAGCCGUGGGAGAUGAUCAUGGGCUCUGACCUGGUGUUCGACCAGGCCUCGGCGGAGCUGCUGGCGCCGCUGCUGGCGCGCCUGCUGGCAGGCAACCCCGGCGCGGCGGUGUACCUGGGCCACGUGCACCGCAGCGCCGCCGUGGACGACCACAUGACGCACGUGUUCGGGCAGCACGGCCUGGCCAUCAGCGCCGCGCCGCGCGCCGAGGGCGACGCGCACGACGAGGACAUCUCCAUCAUCACCGUACGCCGCGCCUAAGCCGUACGUGCUCGGGCGGUGGCGGACAGUGGACAGAUAAGGGCAGCUGCAACGCCCAUUCCAAUGGGCAGUGAGCAGCGAUGCCGUUGGGUGAUAUGAGUGCGCGAGCAAAGGCAGGAGCAGGUCAGUUGUUGGUAUACAGAGCGAGCAUGGCACAACAACCCAGUGCACAACAACCCAGUUGCGGGUUAGCAGACGGGGAUUCCAGCAGGUGUAAGCUGCAGGCUAGGACACGUUCCUGCCAUGUUCAAUGAGAGCAGUUGUUGGUAUUAAGUUGAUGGUUUCGCAGGAGGCUGUUGAUGGCUUCGAAGGAGGCUGCUUGUUAUGUGCACCUGCAGGGGAAAGGUUGCCGUGUGACACGGAGGGACGUAUGAUGCAGCCAGGGAGCGCUGCCCCCGACCGUCGUGUCCAUCCUCCUCGUACAAUUUUUUGGUAGUGUGAACUUUUGUAUGAGUUGUUGAGGGUUCGUUGCAAGUGGUGUGCAGUGGGUGUGGCAGGGGGGACCUGCAAGUGGAGAGCGGACUUAACGAAGCGGCAACAGGAGGACGAAGAGGCAGUGGGAGUGUGAGUUGUAAGGCAGGUUGGAAGGGCACUGAGGUCGGACUUAGAGACAUGUGACGCCCCCGGGCUAUGCCAACGACCCCUUUCUGUAAGGUGUUGUAUGC